GGUGAGCUUGAAGGGGGCUGCUGUGGACAGUGUGUGUGUCUGUGGGGGGAGGCUUCACCUGUCUGUCCAGCCAAGAGCAUCAGCAAAGGGAGGAGCCGCUGCAGAGAAGAAGAUGAAUUAUCCCCCUCUACCUAUGCCUCCGGCCAUCUGCCCUCCUGACCAUCAUGAGUCCAUGCCGGUAGUCUGCUACCCAUCUAAGGAAUCCAUUCUCAGCCCAAGGACACCAGAACACAGUGCUGUGAUGCGCCGGACCACCGUCUUGGCCCUUUUCUCCGUGGUCCUGGUUUACCUGGUCACAGGUGCGUUUGUCUUCCGCCAGCUGGAACAACCCUACGAAAUGCAGCAGCAGGUGAAAAUCCAAGCCUAUCUGGAGCAGUUCUUAAAAACCCAUCAGUGUGUUCCUCCUGAAGACCUGGGAGAGCUUAUUGAGCAUGUAGGUGAGGCCAUGGGAGUUGGUGUGGAGCCCGCUUUGAAUACCUCAAACCCAAACAGCUCGCACUGGGAUAUGGGCAGCGCUUUCUUCUUUGCCGGCACCGUCAUCACCACUAUUGGGUUUGGGAACAUCUCGCCGAAGACGGACGCUGGCCGACUCUUCUGCAUUUUCUACGCCCUUGUGGGGAUUCCUCUUUUCGGUAUGUUGCUCGCCGGUGUCGGGGACCACUUGGGAUCCUCUCUCCGGAAAGGCAUUGGCAAAGUGGAAGAUAUUUUCUUGAAGUGGCAGGUCAGUGCCACCAUCGUGCGAAUCCUCUCCGCCUUGCUCUUCAUCCUCUUCGGUUGCCUCCUCUUCGUCUCCCUUCCCACCAUCAUCUUCCAGCGGGUGGAAGGCUGGAGCCUUUUGGAGAGCGUCUACUUCGUGGUCAUCACGCUGACCACCAUUGGAUUUGGUGAUUACGUGGCAGGUGAUACAAAAAGUGAGGACUAUAUCUGGUACCAGCCCCUGGUGGUGGUCUGGAUCCUGCUCGGCUUGGCUUACUUUGCUUCCAUCCUUACCAUGAUCGGGAACUGGCUGCGGGUGUUGUCCCAGCGCACGAGGGCCGAGAUGGGAGAUCUGACGGCCCAUGCGGCAUCCUGGACAGGAAACGUGGCAUCUCAGCUCCGGGCACCAAACCUGGCAUUUCCCGACAAGCUGCAACGCAUGGGCACUUUGAAAGGGAAGCUGUCCCCUUCGGCCAUCCUGCAGCCGGGGGAGAACCAGGGGGAAGCGCUGCCGGCGGCCAGGCUCCCACCCUUCUACUGCCAGCUGGGCCUUCUUUCUGUCCACAUUCGGAGUGCCACCCUCGCUAUGGAUGGUGAGGAUCCUCGUCGUGCGAUGCUCGGCCUUCCUCCCGGCAUCCGGGUGUCUUUCAUCAUCCCAACAACUGGGGUCCGGGAAGCCUCGUCUCCGUAUCUGCGCCUGUGA